AUAAAACCAAAACACUAAACACUAAGCUUUGAUUCCAAAACGCUAAACACGAAGCUUUGAUUCAAAUAUACUACAAUUUCCCACAAAUUAUGUUACAAUAUAACGAACAAUUAUGUUACACCAACCCCAUUUAACACAUUUCCAUCUUUCAAAAACCAUGGAAAUCAAUCAAGUAAUCAUCUCUAUUACCCUUUGCCUUAUUCCAUUGCUCUAUUUCUUCUUUUUCUUCUUCUUCAAACAUAAAACAAUAUGUUCCGGCUUUAGAAAGUAUCCAAUUUUCGGUACAAUCCCGGACUUUCUAUCUAAUCGACAUCGUUUUCUAGAAUGGUCCACCGAUGUUUUGAUUUUUACCCCUACACAUACUUGUGCUUUCUACCGCUCUGUUGGCGGGACCCAUGGUGUAUUCACCGCAGACCCCGCCAACGUGGAGCAUAUUCUAAAAACCCGCUUUGAGAACUACCCUAAAGGUCCCCGCUUUCUCUCAAUCCUACAAGACUUUUUGUGCACGGGCAUUUUUAAUGCGGAUGGCCCUUUGUGGCGUCUCCAGCGAAAAAUCGCAAGUUUUACAUUUAACAUGCGCACCCUGAGAAACUUCCUACUCCACUCGGUUCAAGUGGAGAUCACUACUCGGCUCAUUCCGAUAUUAGAGGAUGUUUCUAAGUCAAGCCGGAUUUUGGACUUCCAAGAUGUUCUCGAGCGGUUUGCUUUUGAUAAUGUUUGUAAGUUGGCGUUUAAUGUGGACCCGGGUUGCUUGAACCGGACCGGGUCAAAUGAGUCGGAGUUUAUGUGGGCUUUUAAUGAGGCCACGGAACUUAGUUCGGGACGUUUCUUGUAUGCGCUUCCCAUGUUAUGGAAAAUUAGAAGGUUUUUUAAUUUUGGGUCAGAAAAUAAAUUGACGGAAUCAAUCAAAACGGUCCAUGAGUUUGCUGACAAGAUCAUACGGUCGAGAUUGGAGGAGAAGAAAUAUAAUAAAGGUAAUUAUGAUGAUUUAUUAUCCCGAUUUCUUGACAAUAUGGAGGAUAAUCAUGAUUUAGUUACGAGUUCAACCAAGUUUUUGAGGGAUGUUGUAAUAAGUGUUAUCUUAGCAGGAAAAGAUACCACGUCCACGGGUCUUAGUUGGCUAUUCUGGUUAUUGUCGUUAAAUCCGAGUGUUGUUGAAAAAAUCCGGUCGGAAAUUGAUCAAAUUCGGGUUAGGAACAAGAAAACGGUAGGACGUGCCUACGAUUACGAGGAGUUACAAGAAAUGCAUUACUUGCAAGCGGUAAUAUCUGAAUCAUUACGACUAUACCCCCCUGUACCCGUGGAUACAAAAGCGUGUUCGGAAGAUGAUAUAUUGCCGGAUGGGACGAUGGUUAAGAAAGGUUGUUUUGUUAUGUACCACAUAUAUGCAAUGGGGCGGAUGGAGAGUAUUUGGGGGAAAGAUUGCUCCGAGUUUAAUCCUGAAAGAUGGUUGGAAAAUGGGGUUUUUAGACCGAUUAGUCCAUUUAGGUACCCGGUUUUUCAUGCCGGGCCAAGGGUUUGUUUGGGUAAGGAGAUGGCUUAUAUUCAAAUGAAGUCGAUAGUGGCUAGUGUGUUGGAACAAUUUGAUGUGGAUGUGUUAGGAAAAGAGAAACGUCCAGAUUAUUUAUUGUCCUUGACAUUAAGGAUCAAGAAUGGUUUGCCUGUGAGAUUAACCAAGAGAAUUAGGGCCAAUAAAUAGGCAUCCUGAAAACUCUUGAUCUUAAUUCGUAGUAUAGUCCCUUAGGUUCAGGGAUCGAACCCCCCUAAGCUCCAAACUCCACAGGCUACCCUUGAUUAUGUACUACUCUGACACUCCGUACUAGGUACCAAAUUAUUUAUGUACAUUAUCUUUCAUUUUAGUUUGUUGUUUGUAAAUCCUUGAUUCAAUUAUUUGGUGGAAAAUUGACAUUAUUGGUACAGUUGCAUCUUUAUUAUACGUUCUCGGCUUUUAAUUUGUACCAGUUGGGUUGGGCACA